AUGACAACAAGGAUUGUGCUCAGGGAUGUGUGGGAUUGGGAGGUCUGGUAUGGGAUGAUGAUGGGCACAGCUCAAGCCCAGGGAUGCUCUCAGGCCAGGGAGGGUGGUAACCAGGGUGGUACCCCUGCAGAACCAGUCCCUGCAGAGGAUGUGACUGAGUUUGACCUGGAUGAGAGGGAAUACCAGAGGUGGACAAGGCUGUAUAGUGACUACCUAAGGCAGUUCGCUAUCUAUCAGCAAGUAAUGAAGGAACUCGGUUCUUUUCGACUCCAGAUCCCUUCCUCUGUGGAUAGAGGCCUUGUGGAAGAUAUUGCUUCCCAUUCCACACCAAUUAGCAUGUUAAGGAAGCUCCAGGAUCGACUUUGCCCUACUAAAGAGGACAGAGCUAUCCAGGCAGUCAAAAGAUACAGGAACUUGAUGGAAGGUGGAAGGAACAGAGACCCUGUAGGAUGGGUGGGUGACUGCAUGAAGGUGUGCCAGGACCUAGAGAAGAUGGAGGUAAUACAGGCUUUCCUAAUAAAGCAAGACUUCCUGGAAGCCAACAUGAGGAUGGAUGAGGCCUUUACUGUGGCUGUAAAGCUACAGAUCUCAGAUACAACCACAUUUAGAGACCUUGCCCUCCUAUUUCAGAGGCAUUACAGAGCUAAAGCUCCUUCUACAGACCAGGCAUUAGCCUUUGCAACACCAACCCUGCAAGGGAGACCUCAAAAGACACCACCAACCUGCCUCUGUGGCCAGAUCCACUGGUUCAAAGACUGCUGGUAUCUUAUACCAUCCAGGAGACCUGCAAGCUGGCAAGAGAACCCAGACAUAAGGAGCUGA